AUGCCCCAUUUCUACGCUUUCAUGAGAAAAGUUGGCAUCGACCUGCUGCCAAGACAAUACAGGGAGUCCAAGGGAUUCCUUGAACAAUGGAUGUCGAAUAUGACCUCAAAAGCUGAUAGAGCGACUGACCAAAAACGGAGGAUGGAUGUUCCAUUGAAAUUAGCAGCUGAGCCGGUCAUUUACGAGGCAACAAAAGCCGCAGUAGAAGCUGAUUCUCCACACUUAAGUGAAGAAGCUAGGAAGAAGGUAGUUGCGAGUGAAAUGUUUAAUCACAUUUGUAAGCUUACUUAAGUCUUAAAUGACUGAUCCGGAUCCUCUGAAAUUAUGCUAACGAUGAUCAAGCUGCCUCGCGGGAGGUCUUAGGUAUGUUAGCGAGAGUAAACAUUGAUAGUCGCAUGCUAACAACUCGUUGGUUGGGAUAGGUUUGGUCCUCGGCUAUACUUUCUGGUACCUGGCACAGCAUCCCCACGCACAAAAAUGCAUUUGGGCAGAGCUUGAAGAAUACGACAUUGAUAUGACGAAUCCUGAACAGCUUGAUGUGGCCGAUCCAGCAAGCAGAUCAAGACCAAUAGAGCUAGACUCUUUGCCAUAUAUUAGAGCUGUCGUCGACGAGUCAUUACGCAUGCGUCCAAUCAGCAUACUUUUACCACGUAUUACACCGUCAGACAGAACUGUCUCCGUGGCAGGUGUUGAUAACAUCCCACCGGUAACGCGCAUCAAUGCUUUUCAGUGGUUUGUACACCGUGAUCCAAAUAGAUGGGAAAAUGCUCAAGAGUGGCAACCGGAGCGUUGGCUAGGACGCCGAGAAACAGACAAGAAAUCAUCUCGGGAGGAUGUGCUGUGGACCUUCCCCAGUGGUCCCAGAAUGUGCCUGGGUAAUAAUUGGACUUACUAUGGUAUGCUUCUUGGAGAGGACCAUAUGUGCUUCUAUGUCGAGACUCGCUAA